AUGGAAGACUUACUAACUGAGAUCUCUCCACCGUCAAGAUUCUUCCAAGAAGAUCUCAACAACUUUGUCUCUCCAUCCGAUCACGUUCCAUCUCCAUUCAUCGUCAUGUCCAGCCCAAAGCCAGAGAUGCCUCUUCGACCGUCUUUGCUCACCAUAUCCAUUUCUUCACCAUCUCUAUAAAUCUUCCACAGUUUAUCCUCUAAAACCCUCAUCAGAAGUCCCCUCAUGCCUGAAAUCCCGUUUUCUGAAAAACACUGUUGAACCCUCUCAUUAGGAGACAGAUCCUGCAACAUAUAUUCCGUCAAUGGCACCAACGAUUAUUUGAUUCUCCUUGUCUCAAUCCAGCUCUCUGUAUCUCUUGGUCAAGAAUUUAUCCCCGAGAGGGUUAUAAUCUCGGAUUCCAUUCAAAGUCGUAACUUCAGGGUUAGGCUCUCACCAGAUAUGACUCGUACAUAUAAGCUCGAGACAUCCUCCGAAUGAAAAGCAGCUGCUGCAGCAAUUCUAGACACUGGUCUGGCGAAUCUGGAAUACUAUCCACCUGAGAGUGUGGUUGAUGGCCUGAGUUCCGCCCUUUUGAGCCAAUGUCAGCUAAAGGUUGUCUCCUGGCCCGACGAGUUUGGUCCCCUUGCUGCAAGACUUGUCGGAGCUCUGGUGAAGAAUUUUAUCUCCGGUCUGGACUCCGUAUUGUAAAUGAUGCUCCUCGAGGAUUAUUCUUCAAGAACAACAAAAAGCAUUCUGGGGUGGAUCAUGAACUGUAUGCUUGAUCAACUUUGCUAGGAGAACCGACAAACUUCUCAAGUGUGUUACCGUUUUCAUUACGAAAAGUCUUUGUUGCCCA